AUGCUAUUUAAUAAAAAUUCACCAACAACAAUAAUCAAAUCAUUAACAAAAGUACCACCAAAUAACAACCAAAAGCACCAACAACUAACUAUUAAACAACGUAAAACACCACCAAACGAUAAUCAAAAGCACCACCAAAUGAUGAUAAAACCACCAACAAAUAACAAUCAAAACACCAACAAAUAA